AAAUCGCUCUUCGAAGCCGCAGACCCGCAGUUGCAGCAGUCUCUUCUCCUCCUCUCCCUUCCCGUUUGCGUCGCCGAGCCACGCCCGGAACGCCUCCUCGGCCCCCGCCUGCCCAUAGCCGUUCCGUCGCGGUCGCCGUCGUUCCCGCUGCCGUGCUUAUUAUGUGGGGCCAGGUUUACAGCCCACGCAAGCGGGCAGGUCAGGAGUGCAGGCAUGAGCCAAGAGGAGGCGUCGGUGCAUCAGAUGCUGGAGAUACUGCAUUUCGGAUUCACUGUUUGAGCCGAUCGGCAUAUGCUGCUGUGUUGAGAGCGUUCUGUGCUCAGUCAUACCUUUUUCCAGUGGCCAAGCAAGAAUGUCUUGCUGAAUUGAGAAAUGGACUUAAAUUAUCAGGCAGUGAGCACCAAGAAUGCAUUGUAAAGGCCAGUACAAAUAGCCAUAUCAAGUCUUUAAGGUAUGCUUUAUACAAGGGAAAGAAUGGUAAUGCUGAAGCUAUGAAGGGUUCUCUAGGUCUUGCAUGUGUGAUACCAGAUGCUGGAGAUGCUGCAUUUCAGAUUCACUGCCUGGAGAGAUCAGCAUUUGCUUCUGUGUUAAGAGCUUUCUGUGCUCAGUCAGACCUCCUCUCAUGGGCCAAGCUUAUUAAUAAGCUGAGAAAUGAACUUAGAUUAUCGGACACUGAGCAGCGAGAAGUUAUUGCGAGGGUCAGUUCAGAUGACUAUAUCAAGUCUCUGAGGAAAUACAGUUUAGCUAAUUACUCUGGUCUUACGAAGAAGACUCUUGCUUUUGACGUACGUGUUGUGGUUCCUGAUAAGAUUGACAAAACUGGACAAUCCUUCACCUCAUCGGCUCAACAAUUACCAAUGCCAGCAAACACAACGUCACUAGCAAGGAACAUUGGCAUAUUAGGUACCUCUCCUACAGCCAAAAACGGUCCUUGUUUUGGUCUUCACGCCGUGGUGCCUGCUAAGAAGUUGAAAUCUGGAAAUGGGAGUGCAUUAACAUACUUUAAAUGCCCCCCUUGCGCUGAACAAUCGCCGGUGGCAGUUUCUUCUAUGCUGUCGGAAAGUUCCAUAGAUGAUCCUCUUGAACAUAAGAAAUCACUAUGUGACAUAAAGGCUGGAUGCGCUGUAUAUCCCAUGUUCGAAGAAAAGCAGCGCCAAUCAAAUGCUGGUCAAGUUCCUUUGUGUGUCCAUCCAGAUAUGCAGGCAUCAAGGAAAAUGGGAGCUGAAGUGUCUCCGAUGAGCAGAUUUAAGAGCUUGAGUUUUAUCAUUUACGGUGCUGAAAAUGCCAAUGAUGGUUCUGACAUAGUUAAGAUCCACCUAACUUCUAGCCUUCUAAAAAAGGUUGAAACACAGUUAAUGAGAGGGAAGCCAAAUCCAGCUAUGUUUAACACGGCGAAGUCAAUCCUUAAAGAUCAAGAAAGACACCUUUUGGAUGCACUUGUUGAACUCUCUGAAGUAUCAUCUGCUGCGGCGUGCCCUGGCCAGCACGACGAGGAGACGCCACCGCUGCUGAAGUCGGUGAGCAGCUCGAGCUACGAAGAGGCGCCCGCCACCGCCUCGACCUGCACCGCGAUCACGGGGCCGCGUGGGGCAGAAGCAGCACGGGGGGAGGCUUUCGAGACCAAGGGCGCGCAAGGGAGGGAGCUCGAGCCGGCGGCCAAGCGGGCCUGGCGCCCCACCGUUAAGCUCUUGGAGUCGGAGUGGGUCAAGUGUCUUCCAAGGAAGGGGAAGAAAAGAAUGCAUGCGUCACCACCGCCGGCGCCGGGUCAGUGCACUGCAUUAUUGGCUGGAUGCGUGUAAAACGUGGGUGGAGGGGUGAGUCACUGGCGACGUUGAGUUCUAGUACUUAUUCGGGUGAGCGGAUCUAAUUAAGAAUGCGAUGGGAUGUUUGUGUUCCAAGGUUUUGACCAAGAUUGCUGGUAAUAUAAAUUGAACUGUUCUGUACGAAA